AUCAGGGUUUCAGUGUUCGAUGUAAUUAGCUCACGACAACACGUUGCGAAAUGAAGUCUGCCUUUAAAUCAGUCAUAUUUUUGUGCUUUUUAAUGUCCGGAGGUUUGGCUCAGGAUGUGGAGCCUGAGUUUCCGGUAUUCGUUGAAGACACUACAGUGACGGAAACUGAACAUCCUGUCGAAAGUACAACUGCUUCUUCAAUACCAACAACAUCUGAACGCACAACAACGACAACCGAGUCUAUAAGGACUUCAACAACACCUAAGCCCGCGACAACCACGAAGUCUACAACAACUUCAACCACACCUAAACCGUCAAUAACAACCACGAAGUCUACAAAUACUUCAACCACACCUAAACCGCCAACAACAACCACGAAGUCUACAACAACUUCAACCACACCUAAACCGUCUAUAAGGACUUCAACAACACCGGAACCCACGACAACCACGAAGUCUACAAAUACUUCAACCACACCUAAACCGCCAACAACAACCACGAAGUCUACAACAAUUUCAACCACACCUAAAUCGUCUAUAAGGACUUCAACAACACCGGAACCCACGACAACCACGAAGUCUACAACAACUUCAACCACACCUAAACCGUCAAUAACAACCACGAAGUCUACAAAUACUUCAACCACACCUAAACCGCCAACAACAACCACGAAGUCUACAACAACUUCAACCACACCUAAACCGUCUAUAAGGACUUCAACAACACCGGAACCCACGACAACCACGAAGUCUACAAAUACUUCAACCACACCUAAACCGCCAACAACAACCACGAAGUCUACAACAACUUCAACCACACCUAAACCGCCAACAACAACCACGAAGUCUACAACAACUUCAACCACACCUAAACCGUCUAUAAGGACUUCAACAACACCGGAACCCACGACAACCACGAAGUCUACAACAACUUCAACCACACCUAAACCGCCAACAACAACCACGAAGUCUGCAACAACUUCAACCACACCUAAACCGCCAACAACAACCACGAAGUCUACAACAACUUCAACCACACCUAAACCGCCAACAACAACCACAGAAUCUACAACAACUCCUGCACCUCCCACAACAACAACAGGAAUACCAUCUACCAUUUCCACAAGUACCCAAAGGGAACCCACCUACCCAACGACCCAGCUGCCACCCACAACCACAAGGAAACCAACUUACACCACCAGGAAUCCCUGGAAUUGGUAUCAGCCAGCGCAGCGUUGUUAUUUGAGAAAUCAAGUGAAUUACGCUCGUAAUUUCUACGGCUACGGCUGGACUACAUCUUACAGUUGUUAUCGGUGUUGUUAUUAUGAUUACAACCAUAUUUCCGGAUGCAGUAAACUGCACGAGGGGCGCUGUUGGUGGUAUAUGGGGGCUACUUUUAAAAUAAAUCGCUUAUAAUGGAAAAUAGAGUCAAUGAAAGGAUAUUAUAAGAGAACUUUUGCAAACUUUAUCCAACAUGCUUUAUGAAAUAUGUUUUAAAAAAAGUGAAUAGUAUGAGUAAUAACAUUAAUAAUAACUUUUAAAAGUGUUUCUCUUCUA